GAGCCAGCCAAUCGCAUUGCGCGGAAGAUCCGCGCGCGCGCGCGCGCCUCGGGUCCGCGCCCGGGAAGCCCCCGCCCCCUCUCGCCCCCUCCCGCCCCGCGGCGAGGCACGCAGAGGGCUGUGAGCGGCUGGGCAGGCCUAGCAGCGCGGCCUGACGAGACUGUGGCGGCGGGAGUCUGCGGUAGUUCUCUGAGCGGUGGACCAGGCGGUACGCACGCGGUGCAGCGUAACAUGGCGGAUGCGGAAGUAAUUAUUUUACCAAAGAAACAUAAGAAGAAAAAGGAGCGGAAGUCAUUGCCAGAAGAAGAUGUAGCCGAAAUACAACACGUCGAAGAAUUUCUUAUCAAACCUGAAUCCAAAGUUGCUAAGUUGGACACAUCUCAGUGGCCCCUUUUGCUAAAGAAUUUUGAUAAGCUGAAUGUAAGGACGACGCACUAUACACCUCUUGCAUGUGGUUCAAAUCCUCUGAAGAGAGAGAUUGGGGACUAUAUCAGGACAGGUUUCAUUAAUCUUGACAAGCCCUCUAACCCCUCUUCCCAUGAGGUGGUAGCCUGGAUUCGACGGAUACUUAGGGUGGAGAAGACAGGGCACAGUGGUACUCUGGAUCCCAAGGUGACUGGUUGUUUAAUCGUGUGCAUAGAACGAGCCACUCGGUUGGUGAAGUCACAACAGAGUGCAGGCAAAGAGUAUGUGGGGAUUGUCCGGCUGCACAAUGCUAUUGAAGGGGGGACCCAGCUUUCUAGGGCCCUAGAAACUCUGACGGGUGCCCUAUUCCAGCGACCCCCACUUAUUGCUGCAGUAAAGAGGCAGCUCCGAGUGAGGACCAUCUACGAGAGCAAAAUGAUUGAAUAUGAUCCUGAAAGAAGAUUAGGAAUCUUUUGGGUGAGUUGUGAGGCCGGCACUUACAUUCGGACAUUAUGUGUGCAUCUUGGUUUGUUAUUGGGAGUUGGUGGUCAAAUGCAGGAGCUUCGGAGGGUUCGUUCUGGAGUCAUGAGUGAAAAGGACCACAUGGUGACAAUGCACGAUGUGCUUGAUGCUCAGUGGCUGUAUGAUAACCACAAGGAUGAGAGUUACCUGCGGCGAGUUGUUUACCCUUUGGAAAAGCUGUUGACGUCUCAUAAACGGCUGGUUAUGAAAGACAGUGCAGUAAAUGCCAUCUGCUAUGGGGCCAAGAUCAUGCUUCCGGGUGUUCUCCGAUAUGAGGAUGGCAUUGAGGUCAAUCAAGAGAUUGUGGUUAUCACCACCAAAGGAGAAGCAAUCUGCAUGGCUAUUGCGUUAAUGACCACAGCAGUCAUCUCUACCUGCGACCACGGUAUAGUAGCCAAGAUCAAGAGAGUGAUCAUGGAGAGAGACACUUACCCUCGGAAGUGGGGUUUAGGGCCAAAGGCCAGUCAGAAGAAGCUGAUGAUCAAGCAGGGCCUUCUGGACAAGCACGGGAAACCAACAGACAGCACGCCUGCCACCUGGAAGCAGGAGUAUGUUGACUACAGUGACUCUGCCAAGAAAGAGGUGGUUGCUGAAGUGGUAAAAGCCCCACAGGUAGUUGCUGAAGCAGCAAAAACUGCGAAGCGGAAGCGAGAGAGUGAGAGUGAAAGUGACGAGACCCGUCCAACAGUUCCUCAGUUGAUCAAGAAGGAAAAGAAGAAGAGUAAGAAGGACAAGAAGGCCAAAGCUGGUCUGGAGAGUGGAGCCGAGCUUGGAGAUGGGGACAGUGAUACUACCAAAAAGAAGAAGAAGAAGAAGAAGAAAGCAAAAGAGGUAGAAUUGGUUUCUGAGUAGUGAAGGCCACUUAAAGCAUUGUGUCCAGCUGGGAGAAGAAACUAAAGCCUUAUUGAGAAAACAUGUUAUAGAUCCUUUUGUUGCUGAGAGUGUGGAACAUAGGUUCUAGACAGGAUGGAGACUUCUGGCGCAUUUUAGCUGCUAUUUGGAGACCUCGGUGAUGUUACCUGGUGUGGUCAUCCCAUCUUGUCCUGUUUUAAGGAUAUGGGUGAUGAAAGAUAAAAGAGGCAGAGUUUAUCCCAAUGACUUCUCGAUGUGAGUUGGGGAGCCUCACCUUCAGACCCAGUAACUGUUGGUAGCUGUCUGCUAGUGGCUGUUUUAACAUUGUAGUCCUAGUUUGCAUUUUUUUUUUUUAUCCCCUCUGUUUAAAAGGUUUGUAAAA